AUUAAACCUAUUGGCCAUCCUAUGUACAUCUUUGAUCUUAAUGUCAUCAUAGGAUCGAAAAACACAUCCAUUUUAAGAUCUGAAGAUCAACAUCUGAUUGUACAUUAAUUAUUUACACUCAUGAUGGUGAUGAUGAAUGAGGUUCUUAGAUCCGCCAUGGAGAUUGCAUACCAGAAAGCAAUCCAACACCUACAGGACAACGCGCCGAUCCAGUUCCUCAAUGCCUGUUGUCGAUUCUACGAGCUCGCUGCGUUUCUGGUGGAUGGCACUGUUCGCCUUCUUGAAGAAAUCCCCGCCGACCUUUUGGAAACCAGGCGAUGGCUGCAAGAGCGCAUUGACGCGGCCGAGAAGGACAAAGAAGUAAAAGAGGUCGAGCUCUACAAUAACCAGAUCCAACAAAUGGGUCGCGACUUGGAACUUUUAAAAGACGUGUUUGGAAGAAUAAUUACAUCUGGAGAUGAUAUUCUUCCGAAAGAAGAAGACUCAAAAAAACAAGAGCAGGAAGAGGAAGAAGAGGUUCGUGUUGUUCCCUCAUCGGCGAGGAAGUGGGAGAACGACGAGGAGGAGAACUUGAUCCAAGUGUUGGACUCGGUGCUGAGGUGUCUCGAGAGGGAGGAGGAGUUGGUGAUGAGCGCGAGCAGCGAGAUAGAGCAGCACAGCGUGCGCCAUUACCUAGAGAUCUUCAGGACCGAGGAGCGCGAGGAGAGAGAGGCCAUCCAAUGGCUGUUGGACUCGGACGAAAGCAUUCUGAGCUCUGUGAACAUUAAACUGACCAAAGCUCUCAAGCAGCUCCUCGCUAGCAAGGAACUCUUGUUGGAUUUGGAGCAUGGUUUAGGCUUGGAGGACAAUAAUGGUAACAAAGAAAAUAAUCAUAACAAUAAUAACGAUGUUGUCGCGAUCGAAGAUGGCGACAACAAUGCCUUCUCAUCACUUAGGAGGUUUCAACAAGUCCUAACCGAUUUUGAGGACACUGUCCUUGCUUGUUUAGCGAGCAAAUGCGCAAGGAUAGCGGAACUGGAGCGGCAAUUGCAAGAGCUGGCACAUCCUAUUGCGUCACUCAAGAAAAAGAAAGGGCGUUACAAGAAGGCGUUCUUGGCGCGGUGUCGCAGCCUUCACUUAGCAGAAAGCGAGGUUGAUAUGCUGGGAGAUCAGGUGGACUCACUGCUGCAGUUUCUUGAGAAAAUAUGCAGGAAAUUGAGCAAAAAUUCAUCAUUUUUGUCAUGUCAUUUUGAGGUCUCUGACAUGGUAAGAUUAAUCAAGAAAGAGUUAAGAAAUUGCACAGCUAAAAUUGAUGCUUAGAGAAAGGAUACAAAUAAAAGAUGCUGCAUUUGAAUAAUAAUGUGAUGAACCACAAGGAUGAUAUAUUAUCUGGGAACAAUAAUGAUUGGGAGAUUAU